AUACGUGUAUAUUUAUUUUUAUUACAACUCUUUACUGAAAAAAAAAACCCCUCUCUCUCAUUGCUUAACCCAACCGGAGUCGUCCCCCAGCGCUGCUACAGUAUACUGCGGCCUUAUACAAGGUCUUCACAUCUGUUGCGACUAGAGAGAGAGAGAGAGAGAGAGACAGACAGAGAGAGGGAUUACGAUUUGUGAGGUUGAUUUCCAUUCCUCGGCGAAAUUAGGAAGUCUUCUUCUCUUUUCCUCUUUUAGUUCGUAGUUGAAGAUGGCUAUGUACAUCCGGGUUAAGCGUAACAAGACAACUUACUUUAUCCAAUGCGAUCCAACCGAGAAGAUUCUGGAUAUUAAGCAGAAAUUGCAAGUCCUCAUUGAUAAGCCAGUUAAUGAUCAGCAACUCAUCUCAUUGUCCAAUGGGGAAGUGUUGGAGGAUUCAAAGACGUUGGCAGAACAAAAGGUUGAAAAUGAUGCAAAGGUUGCAUUAACCUUGAGAAAAGUGACGGCCGCAUUAGCAGUUAUGGUCACAAGUAAUGGGAAUAAUUCUAUAACAGCAGUAAUAUAAUGAUGACAAUGAAUUUGAGGAUAUCAAUAUUGUAAAGCCAGAUGAUUUCUACCAGACUCGUGAUGGAAUUGGUGAGCCUUGACCUUGAGAAGGCAUAGCUGCAGGAUGACUGUAGGUACAGCUGAACACACAUGCUAAUAGCUCUCUGAUGUAUUUACUGUUGGAUUUUCUAGUGUCAUAAAAACAUUUAUGUUAGAGUUUCAAAUGAGAGUUUCUUGUGCAAGCUGAAAUUUUCGUGCUUGCUAUGCGAAGUGAUGUGACGUUAUGGGUAAUACAACAAUAUGGUUGUUGUGUGUGUUA